AUGCAUCUCGUGGCCAAGCUACAAGGGCUGGGAUACCGUAAACGCAUCGAAAAAGAACUGCGUGAUGUGGACCAGCGCUUGCAACUCCCGGUCGAGAUCCUGGAGCAAAUCCUUUUAUAUCUUCCUUUUAAAGAUAGGAAGACGUUAUUCUCACUAUACUCCGCCUCAAGGGCAUUUAGGACUAUUGUUGCUCCUGCGCUCUAUCGUUGCAUCGACCUCAUCAUCGACCUUCAAAUUCUCCACAAGAUGGUCCAGCUGCCCAAGAUGUUAUCGCAUCCCAAUCUCAUCUCUUAUACCACGGAGCUCAAUCUCACUUUGUUCGAUGGCCAGAUUCUUAGAUCCACUGGCCUGAGGGUGCCAUAUGCAACCUCCAUGCGGCAAUGUAGGCGAUUGGAGGAGAUGGCAGGAAAAGUAGCCACACGGUUUCCCAACCUGAAGCAAUUAAAAUUGGAUUGUGAACUUCAUGGUGGGCACAUCCAAACACUCGAAUUCCUCGAGCGAUUAUCGACGCGGAAACUCAAAGUGUUGGAUGUUCGCUGUCGGUGUACAGGAGUGAAUAUCGAUCUUGUAAAGAUUUCGGCUGCCCCAUGCAUGCAGACUGUGACUUCAAUUGGAUGGACCCUCUUCAGGUCACGCGAAAACCGACCUCUCGACAGAACCACGGAAUCCUCUACCAAUUUUCCUAAUCUUUCGCGGAUAGGCAUCGAUCAUUCGAGAGCGCUUACGGAUAUUCUUUACUCACGACGAAUGAACAGGAUGGAUUUCCGAUUCUUCGACUCGGACGCUGAACGACUAGUUCGACACCAUGCACAGAACAUAACCCAUCUGAAUAUUCUGGGAAGCCCUGGGUGGAUAUUUUUCCAAGAAAUUGCACCGCAUCUCAAGCGCAUCCGAUUCCUUGGCCGGUUGAUCACGUAUGGUAUGCCGCCAACCGAGUUGUAUGUACACCUUGAGACCAUCCAGUGUCUCGGUCCCACACUUCAGUUUCUAUACACGGAUAUCGACCCACACUUCCUGGCAUAUUCUAGCCUGAUCCCACGCAUUGAGAAUCUUUUCCCCAAUCUCCGAAUUAUCCUGCCUUCUAAAGGUAGCGGGCUCAUUCGACGGGAUGACAUUGGCGACUGGAUCUCGUGGGACAAAGUCAGAUUUGAUCCUGACCGGUGGCAGAUUCUGGAAGACGAGUUCGAGAGUUUCCUACAGAACAUUCCAUCCAGAAUGGGUGAAGGAAUCACGUUACUUCGACAUUGGGAAUAG